UGGGCCAAACUGAAAUAUGGAAACAGUUACAACCAUUCAAAUUUCAUUCAGUUGUGUAGAAAUCGUUGAAGUGCAUAUAUGUUUAUUAUUGAUUUCUGUGGAGAUGAAGUACCUAUUAUUCUUUUUGGCAGCAGCAAGCCUUUUUGAAGGAAAUGCUUCCUACAAAUGUGAAGUCGAUCCGGGAACGACGGAUGCCAGACUUCGAAAAAAGUUGUUCUGUGGAAAGUACGAUAAAUCGGAACGCCCCGUGAAGAAUCACAACUCCCCCAUUACUGUGUACGCCCACAUGGAUCUGCAGAACUUUGAUUUCAACGAGAGCCUUCAAAAGCUGUUCCUCAACGUUUGGUUCGCCCUCAGAUGGAAAGAUGAAUACUUGACGUGGAAUGCGAUGGAAUUUGAUAAAAUUGAACAGAUUGUAAUCGAUUCUGAGGACAUUUGGUUGCCCGAUUUGAUGCCUUACUCGUCUUACUUUAGCAACAAUUUGGACACCUCCUGUACCACCCCCAAGUGCCAGCUCGAGUCGGAUGGGACGGUCAAGUGCGUUCCGGCCUGCGAGUACCACUCGAUUUGUGAGUCCGAUUUCACCAACUGGCCGUUUGAUCGGGCAAAUUGUACGCUUCGGUUUGGCAUGUGGGUUGAGGACUCCAAUCAGGUGAACUUUGUGGUCAACAGUACGAAUGCCGGUGCGAACGAUGUCAAUACGCACAACCAGUGGAAGAUCGUGGCAUCCGGGGUGAAGACUCACGAUACCAAGAUGCCCUCACCGACCAACGAAAACACGACCUACCCGACGAUCGUUUACAACUACGUGCUGGAACGCCACUCGGGAUCGCACUGUGCGUCGUUACUGGCACCGGCGUUUGCGAUUAUUUCCAUCAACUUUAUUUCGAUGUGGCUCAACUGUGAACGACGAGAGCGGCUUUUCAUGCUGGCUGGUAGCAUUUUCAUUCACUUUACCUUCAUCGAGAACCUGUACUGGCAGAUACCCUACAAUGGAGCUACGGUUCCGUCGUUUCUAAUCUUCUUCCGGGACUCACUAGUCUUGACGGUUCUUCUAAUGGCAUCAACGAUAAUGGUCAAGCACUUGUCCCUCAAAACCGUGGAACCCCCUGCAGUCGUUAGCGGCUUUGUGGUCGUGCUUACGGCCAAUCAGUUGGGACAAAUGAUCUUUGGUCAGGGUGGUUCUAUUAGUAGUGAACCGACGCCGAAAAAUGGUCACCUGAAUAACGCACCUGCUGAAGACAAUUCUGGCGAUACUGUCGUUUUGGUUGGAGAAGAUAGGCUGGACUCAGAUGCUGGUGGAUCGAAGAAAUCUGUUGGCAACAGUGGUGCAUACAAAAUGAUUGCCCACGUGGUGGAUAAAUGUUUGUACAUUGGAAUUGUAGUUACCUACACCUUGAUGGUUUUGGCUCUGAUUCCAAAGUAUUAUAAAUAAA